GCACUCGCGGCCGCCCCGUGCCCGCCCCUCCUUCUCCUCCUCCCAGAGCCACAGCGCCCGAGUCCGAGCCGCCGCCGCCGCCGCAGCCACAGCCGCGGGCACUAUGGCUUCUGGAGUUACAGUGAAUGAUGAAGUCAUCAAAGUUUUUAAUGAUAUGAAAGUAAGGAAAUCUUCUACACAAGAGGAGAUCAAAAAAAGAAAGAAAGCAGUUCUCUUCUGUUUAAGCGAUGACAAAAGACAAAUAAUUGUAGAGGAAGCAAAGCAGAUCUUGGUGGGUGACAUUGGUGAUACUGUAGAGGACCCCUACACAUCUUUUGUGAAGUUGCUACCUCUGAAUGAUUGCCGAUAUGCUUUGUACGAUGCCACAUACGAAACAAAAGAGUCUAAGAAAGAAGACCUAGUAUUUAUAUUCUGGGCUCCUGAAAGUGCACCUUUAAAAAGCAAGAUGAUUUAUGCUAGCUCUAAAGAUGCCAUUAAAAAGAAAUUUACAGGGAUUAAACACGAAUGGCAAGUGAAUGGCUUGGAUGACAUUAAGGACCGUUCAACACUUGGAGAGAAAUUGGGAGGCAAUGUAGUAGUUUCACUUGAAGGAAAACCACUAUAAAAUGACAGUCAAGUGCCAUCUGGAUCUUAAGGAGCUUCCAUUUCUCCAGCUCAGUCCAUUGGAAUAGUAUUAGGGUUUUUUUGGUUUUUGGGUUUUUUUUUUUUUUUUUUUCUGUUUUUUUUUUUUUUUUUUUUCCUUUUUUCCCCUUUCUACUGGGCCCUUCUAACAGAAUGAAUGAAGGAGGCAACAUUCAUUUAAGCAGCCUAUCAGUGAUUGCCAUUAGACUGUUGAAUGCAGUUACUUUAUGUAGAACCCAAGGAAUGCCUUCCCGUCUUCAGCCAAAAGAACUGGUUAGAUGCCUCCCUUGUAGCAAGCACUACAAUGAAUGUGAUUGUCAAUGUGAAUAGCUUAGAAUACUGCAAAGGGUAAGCUAACUGAAUGCCUUGAAAGUAUUAUCCACUGGUCAGAUGGUCAACUUGUUUCAGUAUUAUUUAUAGUUGCACUUGAUUGCAAAUAUGAGGCUUGAGCAUUCAUACACCUCACCUGCCUUGGCCAACCUAUUUGUGUGACAUGGCAGCACGGAUAUAACACUAUGCAUUAAAAGCACUUUUUUUGUAAUGAGUUUAAUCCCCCCAAAGGAAUGCCAAUUAAGUUUUGUUAACUGUGUCAUCAAUUUAGCCUAGUACCUCGGUGUUCAUUCAUGUUACCUGCAUACCUUCUUAAACAAAAUAGCUAUUAUUAGUGCCUUUUUAUUUUCCAUUGAGUGUACACUACUGAAUAAGUGUAGUUUUAUGUUUACCAUGUGAGUCUUGCAACACUAAAGAUAUUUUGAAUAUCAGUCAUGAUGGCAAUUUCUGUAUAAAAGAGCCUUAAAUGGAACAUUGUUUUGAGAUCAGACUCCCCACCCUCACAAAAAUGGCCACGUUGCAAUAAAAAUUGUGGCAUAUUACAGAACGUUGCCUUGUUUUCCUUGGAAGUUUUGUAAAUGUCAUGUGAAACAAUUAGGGUAAACAACCAUCAUUAAUCUCUGCACUGGUCAUUUGAGGAUUUUUGUGUGUGUGCAGCAUUCGUGUGUGGUAUUUUCCAGGUUUGUUGGAUUUAUUUGAUUUAAAAAUUUUCCAUCCUAGCCAACUAAUAUAAAAUGCCAUUGUUAAAGAGCGGUACUUUUAUAAACAUGUUUAUUUAUUUCCUUAUGUGUUAGUAUGGAGAUUAGAAAUUAUUUUUUGCACUUGGACAAAUACUCUUCAAUGUCUGGUUUUGUUCUCUGAAUAAAUUAGGGUAGUUAUUUUUUUAUUCACAUUUUCUUUAUGAGUAAUUGAGUAGUAGAAGCAAGAAGCUCUUACUGCUUAUUUGGUCAUAAUGAAAUAUUGUCCCUCAGAACUUUAAAAAUACUUCUUACAUUUAAGAAAAUUUAUUUCAGCUACUACUACUUAAUAUAUUUUGCGAAUUUGAUUAGCAAAAAGAAUUGAUAUAGCAGUCUUAAACAUUAGUAAUGGGAUUUGACUGUAGUCCAGACCGCUCUCCUUAUAGAGAAUUUGAUCUGCUCAGUGUGAGCGGUUUGCUGUUAGCCAGAGCUAUUUAUGGCAAACACAUGCUUUUGUAUCUUGUCAUAGUUAUCCACAAAUGGCAAAACUGGACUUGAUUCUACUGGUAUGCAAAACAAGCAUGCUAGUAAGUAGUCAAUUGUGGCUCAGAACUUAACCCGUUAGCUCUGAAAAGUGCUUUUAUCAGAAAACAGAAAAUGAAAAAAAAUUUUUAAAUAUAGGGAAGUAAUUUGAGUAUUAGAUUUCUUCUGUGUUUCUGAAAUAUUUUUCAGAUGAGAACAUUAAAAAUAGGGGUACAUAUCUAGGCUUCCAUUUUAAAUUAUAUGAAUGGCUUAGGAUCUUUUUGUACUGAGCAGUUUUAUUUCAGGCUUCCAGCUGUCCCUGUGAGUUAUCCUGGACAUUUUUAUGGCUUUUUGGUAAGGCCAAACUAAUAAGCAAAACAUGAGACUAUUGAUAGAUGCUAAACCUUAUGUACAACUGAUACUUGUACCAUGGAAUUCUUCAUUAUUUCUUCAUUCUUCUGAAAAAUAAGGGACUAUAAAUCAGUUAUGUAGUAUCUUUUGUUUUGAAAGCUGAGCCCUUACCUUUUUUAUACGCCCCUUUAAUUAUAUAAUAUCAGAGAUUAAGUAUUACUUUAAACUAUGAUACUUUGAUUUGUCAGAUUGGCAAAAACUGAUAAUAUGGUUAGGUUCAUCUUUGAGAUAGAUUUUUGGGCAUGAGCCAAAAAUAAUGAUAAAAUUAAUAAUGGAUCAUGAGUUGCUUGAGACUUACUUGACAUUUGAAGUGACCACUAUCUUCCAAUAGUUUUUUACAAUGAAACAAUGUUCCAGUUAGCUUUAAGAGGUCUAUGGUGCUACUUAGUAAAAUAUUGAGGGCGAUAUUUUAUUGCUAGCUUGCAAAAUGACAAGUGUUUAAAAAAUAAAAUAUAUGAAAAUAUUUAAA